GCCAAAGCCAACAAGCAAGCAAGCAGCAAGAGAAGAAAGAAAGAAAAAGCAAUGCAGAAAAAAAACGGACAGUGAUGAGGAGGAAGGGCAGAUGGUACGCUGUGCGUGUGCGGCGGAUUGUUGUUGUUGUUGUUGUGACAGUGCUGUGGUGGUGGUGGUGGUCGUCGUCGUCGUCGUCGUCUGAUCAGGGGCAGCGACAGCAGCAGGGGGAGAUGGUGUGUCGGUAUGAACCAUAUGGGGCAAACGAACGCAGGCACGUUGGCUAUGCUGGCACGGGAGCGCAGGUGUGCCUCAAGCAGCUUGGCUGCACGAGCUUUGUGGGUGGCCGGGCACCUCCCCUCUGGCGGGUGCUCUGGACCUUCAAGCACCAGCCGCACCUGCCGUGCGAGGCCACACAAGCUCCACAUCAACGCCAGCGCCGCUUCGUGAACCACUGCUUUCACAACCCAAUCAACAACAUUGCCGGUCGCAAGUCACAUCAAUACACGCUGUACGAUGGGAUGCGAGCGGCAUAUGGACGGGAUCUGUACCAUGCGUACAUGCCCGACACUUGGAUCAUGCCUCGGGAUGCGCACCGCGUGAUGACAAUGCUACGUCAUGAACAGCAGCAGCAGCCACACAACAACACGCGCAGCGCGUUCAUCUUCAAGCCAGAUUUGGGAUCAAGGGCACAGGGGAUCAAGAUCUUCACCCCUGGCGACAGCGACCAUGAACAGCUUGCACGAACGCUGCAGGCAGAGGGUGUCGUUCAGCGAUAUGUGGACAACCCGUUCCUUCUCCAAGGGCACAAGCACCACCUUCGUCUCUACUUGGUGACGACGUCCGUGUCGCCGGUGCAUGCAUUCCUCUACAAAGACGGGCUCUACCUCCCCGCUUCCAGCCCAUACAAUCGCAACGACAUUUGGCAGACAGCGUCACACCUGACGAAUGCAGCCGUGAGCAAGCACGCAAACAAGUGCAAGACCAGCAACCAAGCCAGCGACAGCUCAUUUUCCCCAGAGUGCCCACAGCCACUGCACAAGUACUGGCAGCAUGCCGAAGUGGGUGAAGCGAACACGCACACGGUGAUGCAGGACGUCAAAGCCAUUCUCCGCCGCGUCGUCAUGUCAAGUCCAACCAUUCGAUCGCGCCACUUGCCGCCGUGUGGACUGGACUGCUUUGAAAUCCACGGCGUCGACAUCUUGUUAACAACGGCCAGCGGUCGCCUUAAACCCGUCCUUCUCGAGGUGAACCACAGCCCAGAACUGUACACGCCGCAGCAUCCGACAAACGACGCCGUACACAUGCGUCUGCUCAGGCACACGCGCACGCUGCUCAUGUUGGACGAGCAGGAUGACACGUGGCACGUGCUGCAGCAGUGCGCAACAGCUGAGGAGAUGAAAUCGUGCGCGCACCAGCCAUCGGCAGCGCUAUGCAACGAUGACAGCGUGCUGCGCUUGCUCUGGCACUGCCGGCAGCAGCGACACACGCAGUUCACAGACGUGAUGCUGGCCUGCCCGCCACACACGAUGGAGCCACCGUUUCAGCAGUGGUCAUCGCCGCACAUGCACACGCUCUGCUGCUGCCACUACAACCCCGCCCCUGCUACACCAUGACUUGGAUUGGGAAAGAAGGAGGAAGGGUUGAUUUUAGUAUUGGUGAACACAUGCAACAGCAUUAGGUGAGGGUUGGUUAAGUGAUGGACACGUGGGUAAAGGAGAAAUAAACAAAUGGAAACGCACAA